CAUCACCAAACAUAAACAUACAAAAUCCAGCAACAACGGUUCACACAUCACCACCACCUCAACAGCAGCCGCCACCACAGCCACCGGAAGCUGACGUCAUCCCCACUACCAGCACCUGACCAACCACCACAACCUCCAUCAUGGGUGCUGCAGAGCCUGAAAAUGAAAGAGAAACCCAAAACAAAGAAGAAGAAAGAAAUGAGAGUGAAGAAGCAAAGAAAGAAGAGGAGAAAGAUUUGGAGAAAGGAGAAGUACAAAUGGGUUUCAAAGAAAAAGUUUUUGAAAAUAAUAAAAAUGUUGAAGAAGAAAAUAAUAAUUUUCAUAUGGCAAUGUUACAAAGAUUAAACCCAUCAAACCCAUUGAGAGUUGCAAUUAAUCAUUCUAAUAGAUUUCCUUCUCCUUCUCCUUCUCAGUCUUCUUUGCCUCGUUCUACUCCAACUCCACAAGCAUCAAUAGCAACACUGAAUUCAAGGAGAUAUACAAACAAAUUAACUCUCUUGUUGUUUGUUCUACACAUGAUUUUAGCAAUUGGAUUAGUAUGUUUUCUAAUAUUUAAGGGAGUUCAAGGACUUUUAGAAGCAUCAGAUUCUGUUAAGAGAAAAGAAAAGAGGAUUUUGAAGUAUUUUCUUCCUCAAGUUGAAGCAGCAUCUCUGUUAAGUAUAACUCUAGCUUGUGCAUGGCAAAAAGCUGUUAGAGUAUGGCCAACUUUUAUGAUUCAUUUCAUAUUAUGGAGUUCGUUUUUCAUGACAUUAUCUGCCGGAAUUCUCUUAAUUUGCUUCCAAAAGCCGGCUACUGAUGGUGUUGGAGUUUGUUUUAUUGCUUUUGCUAUUGGGACUGGGUUAUAUGCUUGUUGGGUUAAUCAAAGAAUUAAAUUCUCUGUCAAAAUCUUGAUUAAAUCUAUCGAGGCGGUUCCGAAAUUCGGUGAUUUGAAUGAUCCUACUUAUUGGAUGCUGGGUGUUGGGUUUAUGUGGAUGUCUCUGUGGAUUUUAGCUGUGAUUGGAGCGUUGAAUUUUUACUAUCCGCCUUUGACGAUUAUCGUAUUGGUGUUGAGCUUGGCGUGGGUUACGGAAGUUAUGAGGAAUGUGGUUAAUUUGACGGUUAGUAGGGUGAUUGCUCUGUAUUAUCUCAGAGGAAUGCAAGCUAGUACUAAAUUUUGCUUCCAAAGAGCAUUGACUCGAAAUCUCGGAAGUGCUUGUUUAGCUUCUUUGUUUGUUCCGGCUAUUGAAGCAUUGAGAAUUGUUGCUCGCGGUCUGAACUUGCUCGAGGGGGAAGACGAGUUCAUGUUUUCUUGCGCGCAUUGUUGUCUUGGAGUCAUGAAUUCCAUCUUUAGUUACGGUAAUGGCUGGGCCUUUGUACAGAUAGCUGCAUAUGGAAAAGGUUUUGUGCAGGCAUCUCAAGAUACUUGGGCACUUUUUCAAAGACAAGAAAUGGAAACCAUCGUUGAUUCAGAUAUUACGAGCUCGAUUUGUUUCCUCACAGGAGUUUGCAGUGGCUCCAUUUGUGUCAUUAUGGUGGCUGCUUGGACUGCUAAAGUUCAUCAACCCUUCACAGCCACCCUCUCCCUAUUGGCAUUAUUCAUUGGAUACCUCAUGACAAGGAUCGCUAUGGCAGUACCGCAUGCCUGCGUCAGCUGCUACUAUGUUUGCUAUGCAGAGAAUCCUGACAACAGAUUGUUUGAUAAAACCAUCAGAGACCGUCUGAACUUGAUAAAAUCCGGCCGAGAUGUGGUCGUUCCGACGCCUAGGGUGCCUCAUCGCUUUGCCUCAUAACCCAUCAUAAGCUAGGACAAAUAAUUUAAUUCUUGGAAUUGUACAGAAGCUUAAAAUGUGGUCACAAUUUGAAGAUACUAUCAACAAUGUACAACUUCUAAGGUCACCGUAAAUCCGGGGGUCCGAAAGGUCGGAUCCGAGCCGAUCAAGCUAAAGGAUGAUCUUGAAUUGGAGGUAAUUUUGUUAGGUAGAGUUCCAAUCACCAACUCUACCCUUUUGCUCUUGGCCUUUUGUAUCAUAAUGCAUAUACUUUUAGGAUAUUCUUUAGUUAAAUAAAGCUCAAGGCUCCACCAUUAAUUUAAUUUGAUUGUAGUGCAGUACUAGUAAUAUCCCUUUUAUGCAGUCUUUGUAGCUUGUAAGUAUCUGUAUGAUUUAGUGCAUUAAUUAUUGAUACUUUUUUUCCUUAUCUUA